CCCCACAUGCCCAACAUAUACCCAAAAAGAAGCAAUUUCGUAAAAUUGGCUGCUUAUCUUUCCCGAAACUGCUCAAGAAUUUCCUUUAUUUUCACCAUUGAUCAGCCAACAGCAGUAAACCCCCGUAAAAUACCUUUUCUUUCUGCCAGCUCACUUUUUCCUCUGCAGAUUUCCUCUAAUUUUGUCCGGCUCUCCAAGUCCCUCAAUCAUUCAGUCACCAACCAGUUGAAACGAGAGAAGAACUCAUCUCCAAUAAACUCUCACCAAAUCAAGCCGAAUAAAGAGAUUAAUCUCUUCAGAUCCAAAGAUGAAUGCUACCGAUGUUCAAAAGCAGAUCCAGCAGAUGGUUAGAUUCAUCCGACAAGAAGCGGAAGAGAAAGCUAAUGAGAUCUCCGUCGCUGCUGAAGAAGAGUUCAAUAUUGAGAAGUUGCAAUUAGUUGAAGCGGAGAAGAAGAAGAUAAGGCAGGAGUAUGAGCGUAAGGAGAAGCAAGUUGAAAUUCGUAGGAAAAUAGAGUACUCCAUGCAACUAAAUGCAUCUCGGAUCAAAGUCCUUCAAGCUCAAGAUGAUUUAGUUAAUGCCAUGAAAGAGGAAGCAUCCAAAAGGCUAUUGGAAGUCAGUGGUGACCAUCAUCAUUACAGACAUCUUUUGAAAGAGCUCGUUGUUCAGAGUUUGCUUAGACUGAAAGAACCUGGGGUCUUGUUGCGCUGCCGAAAGGAUGAUGUGCACCUGGUGGAGCAUGCUGUCGAUUCUGCUAAAGAAGAAUAUGCUGAGAAAGCCAAUGUCCAUUCUCCUGAGAUAAUCAUUGACAGUGUUCAUCUCCCACCAGGUCCUCAACACCAUUCCCAUGGUCUUUCAUGUGCUGGAGGUGUUGUUCUGGCUUCUCGAGAUGGGAAAAUUGUGUGUGAGAACACUCUUGAUGCAAGAUUGGACGUCGCGUUCAGGAAGAAACUUCCUCAGAUCCGAAAGGAGCUCUUUGGAUUUGCUGCUGCAUAAUGAACGUAUGGCUAGGAGAAAUUUAAAUGUCCUCUGGUUCAAGAGGCUGGUAAGAUUUCAGAUAUGGUAAUGGAUCUAAGCCUACAAUUUGCUCACAUGCUUGAGAGUAGUACACAUUGUAUUUAUUGUUGGAGUAACGAUGAUUAGUAAUUACAUGAGCUCAAUGUAUUGUUAAUAUACAUCGAACCUGACAUAUUGAAUUGCUUAUUUUACCUCCUUAUGGGUCAGUCUAAUAAAGAACUCCUUCGGAUGCAUAGCUGCUUUCCUUGAUUUGCUUGUGUAAGUUUUGGAUGGUCUUGAGCAUUGUAUGGAAACACUGAAUUGCUGAA